UAGUUACGAAAGCUGUAUUUCUAAAUAUUUCAUAACUUGAAAACGAAACUGCUCCUCCCACUAUGAGGUGACGUUUUAUCAACGCUUAGCUGUUUUUGAGAGCUCUUGCAAACUUUAACACUAUGUUGAUGCAGGGGUCGUACGUUGUUCGAGAAAUCACACGUGUUUUUAUGUGUUUUGUGUACACUCUUGUUUUUUUCAAUGUUGAUUAAUUAUUCCUCCUGUAGCCUUGGAAUAACUUUUUGGGGUUGAAUUUACCGAAAAACACGUUAUAUCUCACCUUUUUUAUGAUUUUAAAUAAUUCUAAAAAAGAAAGCAGGUGCUGUUAAUUUACAAUUCCAUAAAAAUAAUAAAAAUGAAGAAAAAUAGUUGAACAAAAAAAAAGCGCAUAACAAAACAACAUUAUUGCAUUACUCGAAAACCCAGGAUGCUUUUAUAUGAGGUGUGAAUAUAUAAGAGAAGAUUAUUUUUAUUCCAAGCCUUUAUCAUUUUAGUAUCAAAUUCUAAAAUGGACGAGCAAAGAAGCAGUCAAUCAAACGGAAUUAACGUUAUCUUAUGAAAAAAUGUUCCGCACAGUCAAGGCUUUAUACACCGCAUCAUAGAAGAACAAUAGCUAAAAGGUAGACUUUGACAGAUUAUCAACAGUAGCUCUAUAGUGUUUCCAUAAAUAUACUUAAUAAUGACAAAACAACCAUGUUACUUGGUAUUCUGCAUCUUAAACGCAAUGAUUGGAAGUGUCUUAUCAAGUCACUCAGAUUCUGUCGAAACAAAUAUACAUUCGCAUCGUUCGCUUAGUUUACACGAAUCUGGCAAAGUUAUAUUAGCUGGACUAUUUAGUGUUCAUCUGCGGAAUGUGAAAGUGAAAGAAGACAAUCCAAUGCUUUGUGCUGGAUUUUUCAAUCGGCGUAGUUACCAGAUGGUUGUAGCUAUGAUGUAUGCCAUCAACACUAUAAACAACAAUGACACCUUUCUACCUGGAAUUAAACUUGGUUAUGAUAUCAAAGAUACAUGUGGUUCUGUAGAAAACGCUAUCAGAGCCGCUCUUAAUUAUUCCUUUGUGAAGAAACAUUUCGUAGAUACAAGUAUAUGCAAAAAAGAAAAUGGCGAAAAAGAAAUGCAAUACAAGAAGAAAAUGAAAGGAGGGGAACCUUUAAAUUUACAAGAAGAGGAAACAGUUGCUGUUAUUGGUCCAGACACAAGUGACCUUGCCAGAGCUGUUGCCGAUUUUGCUGGUCUUUUUCGUGUGCCGGUUAUUAGCCCAGCAGCUACAAGCCCUUUGUUAGGAGACAGAAGUCGUUUUAAAUAUUUCCUACGUACGGUUCCUUCUGAUAGUUUUCAAGUCGAGGCGAUACUGAAUAUUAUCACAUAUUUCCAUUGGAACUACAUUAUGCUAUUAGUAUCCGAUGAUGAGUAUGGCAGAUCUGCUAGAAUGGAAUUUAAAAAGCAAGUCGAAUCCUCUGAUAAGUCUGUGUGUCUGGUCAUUGAUGAAAUUGUCAAUUCAGGAAACAGAGAAAAAGUUAUUAGGAAAAUUAAGCACGAGAAAAAAUCAAAAGUAGUUGUUUUAAUUUCAAAUCUGAAUGAAGCUCAUUUGACCACACACUUAGCUUAUGAAGAGGGGCUGAGCAAUGUUACUUGGAUGGCUUCAGAUGCCUGGAACAAAAAUACUUUUGUUACAUCAGGAAAAGAAUUGAUGUUUAAGGGAAUGUUAGGGGUCAGCCCUGUUUCAUCAAAGGUCGAAGGAUUUCAACAAUACCUUGCAGAAAUAUUAAGCACAGAUAAGAAAGAAGGGUGGAGUCAAGAGUUUUACGAAUAUGAAACCAAUUACACGUGUGUGAAUCGAAGUAUUGCACGCUGUGUUUUAGAUGAUCAUUACGACAUGCCACCGUAUCAGAUUGCAUCAACAGUAAAUGCAGUACUCGCAACUGGCCACGCCCUGCAUAAGUUGUUCGAAUGUAAUGCAACGAGGUGUAAGCGUGACGUUAAGAAUGCGGAUUGGUCUCUCCUUCUUCAUCAUCUUCAAAACAUAACAUUUCUAGGUACAAACAAUAAAACUAUUUUAUUUAACGAUAAAGGGGGAGAGGAUGUUGGAUAUAAACUGUGGAACCUUCAGCAAAAAGAAGAUGAGUAUCAUUUUGAAGAUGUUGGCCUCUGGAAGGAUGGAGAUAUGAAAGGUGAUAAAUUUUUGAUUUACAAAAGACCAAUUCAAUGGAACACAAACGUUAGCAGUGCACCAAAGUCAAUAUGUAGUCAGCCAUGUGUACCAGGCCAGCACAAACGAUUAGAAAACGAUAACGCUAGAUGUUGCUGGGAAUGUAUUUUGUGCGUUGGUAACACGUACACUAAUUUCACAGACGCGUCAAAGUGUGAAAACUGUCCUCACAAUUACUGGACAAACAAACAACACACUGGGUGCAAAAUUAUCCAGAAUAUAUAUCUUGAGCAUGACGAUUACUGGGCUAUUGCAAUUUUAGCGUUGUCGUCUCUAGGCGUUUCAAUCCUGUUAAUCACUGUGAUCUUGUUUUUCUAUAACCACAACACACCCGUCAUACGCGCGUCUAGUCGCGGGUUAUGCUAUUUGAUUUUAGUCGGGAUAGGCCUGUUGUUUAUGUUGCCUUUGACUAUCAUUGGCAAACCAACACCAAUUCGAUGUAAACUGCAACCUUACGUUACGGGCAUCGCAAUGGCAGUGAAUAUAGGUACUUUGCUCAUAAAAACAAACCGCAUUGCCAGAAUAUUUAGCAAGAAGUUAUUCAAGAAAAGAAAAAUCCGAUUUCUUAGCCCAUCUUGGCAAUACGUCAUGAUAUUUUGUAUUGUGCUUGUGGAGCUCUUCAUAAUCCUGUUGUGGGAGUUUUUAUUUCAUCCUCCGUUGAUACACAAACAAAUCAGCAAUGGAGAGCGAAUAAUCACAUGUACCUAUGGGACACAGUUGCUUGGUUUGGUUUUCUGGAGCAUUUACAACGCAGGAAUUAUAAUCAUUUGCACAUACCAAGCUUUUUUGGUACGAAAAGUUCCAACAAACUACAACGAAGCCAAAUUCAUAGCAUUUUCGAUGAUUACCAUAUGUACAGCUGUGAUUGUGUACAUCCCAGUCUACUUUGGUACCAUUGGAUACUACAGAGACGUGGUAGCGUGUUUCUUGUACAUAUUUGCCGGUUCCAUAGAAUUUGCGUGUCUGUUUGUACCUAAACUGUAUGUGGUACUUAUACGUCCGGACAAAAACAUUUCCAUGCAGCGUUCGUUUCGCUCUCCGCAAAGUUCUCGAAAAUAUUCUAGCGCGUUCGAGAGUGACGGAGAUUACAUUCCAACGGAACACGAGUUAGAAAUAUUAAAAAUACACCGGAGGGGCAGUAGAAAGAGAAAACAAGCUAUCGUGCAACGUAAGUCGAGUUUAAGGGCGAAGAACAAUGCCAGCAAAAGUAAUAAUAAUCAUAAAAAAGAAACACAUAAGUUAGAAUUAACUCAUUUGGGUUUACCCAAUGUGUCCACUGAUGAAUGUUCUAGUGCUUCCUCGGAGCUGACGCAGUUGGAAACGUCAUCCAAUGGUAUUCACCACCCAAACCAACCACAGUCUUCGCUACCGGCGGAGUUUAGACGUGAUAGAAGAUUGCGCGAAGUUCGAUUUUCAGUAGAAACGUUAUAAAAUUUACGUAUUUUGGGCAUUGUUAGAAUUUUUUAUUUCGCUAUAUUAGAAAUAUUCAGAUAUUCAAA